GUGACACAGGAUUUUUCUUGUACUUCUUUUAAUUUCUUUUGGCAAGCUUAAAUAUGCUGUUCCUGUUUUAAACAGCAGCCAUGCCCCCCUUUUACAGCCAAUUAAAAUAUGCCAAGUGUGAUAGACUGCCAUGUCAUUUGGUAGCCUAUCAUGUGGGUCGGGUUCUGCUAGGGUUUCGCCGCCCAUAGCAGCCACUGCAGUGACGGCGCGGGUACUGGGGCGAGGAAGUGCGGCGGUUUGGCUCGAGCAAACAGGUACGACGACGGAGCAAGGCCUGGCGUUGGACGAUGGCGUUGAAAACGAAGUGGUGGGAGCGACGGCGGUGGAUCUGGGACGAGAAGAUGCGAUGACAGGGUCCAAGCACGUAACUUCAGAGCUCGAUGAUGUGAAGAAGGCUGGAGACUUUCAGGCUUCAGAGAGCAGGGAUGGCGUUCCGUUCAAAGGUUCGUUAACAGAGUUUAGGGAAGAGCGUCAAGGGGGAGUUGAAGGCGUCUCCGGCAGGCCUUGCUCCUUGAUCCUCUGUCUGCUGUUGUUUUACCUUUUGAGGAGAUAUCAAUAUCAGUAGGAAAAUGGGUGAUGGUGGGAGAAUUAUUUUUUGGCAAGAAUUAUGGGUUGGCGAUUUUGGCACGCAAGUUCAGAAGGCUACUUCUUUUGUCUGAGCAAAAGGAAUUUGUGAUAAAGGAUAUGGGCCAGUGAUGUGAUGGCAGUUGGAGCUGGAAUUUUGUUUGGCUUAGGCCUUUGCUUGAUAGGGAACUUGGUUGGCUUGAUGAGUUGUUGCUGGUUGUUGGAAAUUCUUCUCCUUGUGUUAAUGGGGUUGAUAGGUGGGUGUAGGAGGCGAGUGGCAUGGGUGUGUACUCGGUCAAAUCGGCGUAUGAAUUCAUUCAGGGUUCUGUGGAAUCAGAGGAUCAAACUGUUUUUAAGUCCCUUUGGGACAUAGCAGCACCAACUAAUGUGAUUGUUUUUGUCUGACGAAUGCUUUGGGAUAGAGUACAAACAAGGAGCAAUCUUUUUAAGAGGGGGAUUUUAUCAGACAGUUUGGCAGCAGUGUGUCCCAUAUGUAAUGGCGAGGAGGAGUCACUUGAUCAUCUGAUGUUUACCUGCUCAUUUGCUUCUGCCAUUUGGAAGGAGCGUGUUAUAGCUGAAUGAGAAUAAAUACAGUGCUGCCUAAAUCAUGCAGAAUGUGCAGCGUGCUUAUGGGGUUUGGAAUAAAAAACAGAGGGAUGGAGUAAUGGUAAUUUGGACAGCAAUGGUUUGGUCCAUUUGGUUUUUUCGCAAUUCGUUUGUGUUUAAGGAUGGGAAUAUUGAUGGGACUGUUUGAUUUGAUUCAAUUGAGAGCAUGGAAGUGGUUGUCUGCACAAAACAAGGAAUUUACUUCAUCAAUGUUUGAAUGGUUAACUAAUCUAAUGGCAUGCCUAGGCCCUUGGUGGAUAUUGAUCAGUGCUUUUGGUUCGGGAUGGCUUUUGAUUUCAAGUUGCAAUUGGGUUGGCGGUUGCUGCAAUUUUGGAUUUGCUUCUUGGAUCCUGUAUUGUUUCGCUAGAGGAUGUUGGAUGUAGAGGACAAGAUGCUGGUGGAUUUUGAGAUAUUAAUUCUUAUUGUAAUAGCUACUGUCUUAGCUUUAGGCAGCAUAGUUGGUUUUUCUUUUUGCUUCUAUUUUCCUUCUGUACCUUUGAAUCCUCUUAUUGUUGUUUGUUUUUUCUGCUUUUGUUAAAGAAAAAAUAGCAAAAAAAAAUUGGUCCA